GUUAUCCCUUCCACCAUGGACCACAGCGUGCUGUGAAAGUAGCGGAGUUCGCAUCACUGGGCCGUAACGUAACCGCAGUUCCACCGGUUCCACGUGUCUCGCAUCAGUUUGCGGUAUCGUGCAUGUGCUGUUCGCGAACUUUUCAUCUUACGUAUGACGUAAACGUGAAGCAUCUUGUCGCGUCUUCGGCCUGUGUGCCUGUCGGUUUCCGCAAUCGUAAUUUUCAAUUGUCACAGUGCAAUGACGACAGAAAGGAAAGGAACCGUUAAGGUUGAGUAUCUUCAAAAUAUUGAAAGCGAGAUACAGAAGAUAUGGGAUGCCGAGAGGGUGUACGAAACGAAUGCAUCUGUGUCAAGUAGGAAACCAGAUGAAAAGUUUUUCGCGACUUUCCCGUAUCCCUACAUGAAUGGACGUCUCCAUCUCGGCCACACCUUCUCGUUAUCAAAGUGCGAGUUUGCUACUCGAUACAAUCGCCUCUUGGGAAAAAAUGUACUCUUUCCCUUCGGGUUUCACUGCACGGGUAUGCCUAUUAAAGCGUGUGCUGACAAAUUGGCGAGAGAAAUGGAAACGUACGGUUAUCCACCGAAGUUUCCUGAAGCAAUUGAAACAACGGAGGAGAAAGAGGACGAUCUGCCGAAGGACAAGAGCAAAGGGAAAAAGAGUAAAGCAGUCGCCAAAGCCGGUGCGGCUAAGUAUCAGUGGCAGAUUAUGCAAGCCCUUGACUUGCGAGACGAGGAAAUCAUAAAGUUUGCCGACGCUGCAUAUUGGUUGGAUUAUUUUCCACCGCUCGCUGAGAAAGACUUAAAAUCUAUCGGUCUUCAUAUCGACUGGCGAAGAAAAUUUAUUACGACGGAUGUAAAUCCAUUUUAUGAUUCUUUUAUACGCUGGCAAUUUAAGCACUUGAAGUCUCGAAACAAAAUCAAGUAUGGAAAGAGAUACACUAUUUAUUCGCCAAAAGAUGGUCAGCCUUGUAUGGAUCAUGACAGAUCCUCUGGUGAAGGCGUUGGGCCGCAGGAAUACACGUUGAUCAAAAUGAAGAUUCGACGUCCUCCAAAAAUCAUAAGUUCCGACGGCAAACCAGUUUAUCUCGUGGCUGCGACUUUAAGACCAGAGACAAUGUACGGCCAAACAAAUUGUUGGGUUCAUCCGGACAUGAAUUACAUAGCGUAUAAUUUAGCACGCGGGGACGUGUACAUUUCUACGGAACGCGCGGCGAGGAAUAUGUCCUAUCAAGGGUUCUUUAAAGACGAGGGAAAAAUAGAUGUUGUUGGAGAACUCACGGGCAAGGACUUGUUAGGACUGGAAUUGGAAGCUCCCCUCACAUCUAACGAGGUGAUUUAUGCGCUGCCUAUGUUAACGAUAAAAGAAGACAAGGGUACUGGCAUUGUAACUUCCGUCCCUAGCGAUUCUCCUGACGAUUAUGCCGCAUUGGUAGAUCUGAAGAAGAAACAGCCGCUUCGAGAGAAAUACGGAAUUGUCGACGAGAUGGUAUUGCCAUAUAAUCCAAUUCCAAUCAUCGAAGUUCCAGAACUUGGCAAUUUAGUAGCAGUUACAUUGUACGAUAAGCUAAAGAUUCAAUCCCAAAAUGAUAAAGUUAAACUCGCGGAAGCAAAGGAAACAGCAUAUCUGAAAGGAUUUUACGAUGGUGUACUAUUAGUAGGUCCGUAUAAGGGCAAAAAAGUACAGGAUAUUAAGAAGCUAGUACAGACGGAGAUGAAAGACAGUGGCGAAGCGGUGAUUUAUUAUGAACCAGAAAAAACUGUUAUUUCGAGAUCAAACGAUGAGUGUGUAGUGGCCUUAUGUGACCAAUGGUACUUGGAUUAUGGCGAAGAGAAUUGGAAGAAGGAGACGCUUGAGGCUCUAAACAAUCUCGAAACCUUUCACGACGAAGUUAGAAAGAAUUUCCUUGCUUCUUUAGACUGGUUGCACGAGCACGCAUGUUCCAGAACUUAUGGACUUGGCACUAAAUUACCAUGGGAUAAAAGCUGGCUAAUAGAAUCUCUGUCAGAUUCUACUAUUUACAUGGCUUAUUAUACAAUAGCGCAUUUCUUGCAAGGAGGAACUUGUAAAGGAGAUGGAGUUAAUGAGUAUGGAAUAAAAGCUUGCGACAUGACGUCGGAAGUAUGGGAUUAUAUCUUCUUUAAAGAUGCUAAACUGCCCAAGACAAAUAUAGACAAAGUAUUUCUGGAUCGUAUGAGGCACGAAUUUCAGUAUUGGUACCCUGUAGAUUUAAGGGCGUCGGGAAAAGAUCUAAUACAAAAUCACCUUACGUAUUUUCUCUAUAAUCACACAGCGAUGUGGCCAAAUCAGCCCGAGCUAUGGCCACAAGGAAUAAGAGCAAAUGGUCAUCUGCUUUUGAAUUCAGCAAAGAUGUCGAAGUCGGAGGGUAACUUUUUAACACUUGCCGAGGCUGUGAAAAAAUUCUCGGCCGACGGAACGCGUCUCUGUCUAGCCGAUUCUGGUGAUUCGAUAGAGGAUGCCAAUUUCCUCGAAGGUACAGCCGAUGCGGGAAUUCUUAGACUGUAUAAUUUUGUAGAAUGGGUCAAAGAUGUAUUGAAUACGAAUCAUCACUUCUGUCGCAGUGCUCUGCAAGAUUUUCACGAUAAAGUAUUCGAAAGCGAAAUUAAUUUGAAAACACGAGAGACUGGUGAAAAUUACUCGAAAAUGCUUUACAAAGAAGCAUUAAGAACAGGAUUUUACGAACUUCAAACAGCUAGAGAUAAAUAUUUGCAGCUAAGUCCAAUGGUCAAUCUGAACCUAAUGAAGAAGUAUAUAAAGAUUCAAGUAAUUCUUCUGUCUCCCAUUUGUCCACAUGUUUGCGAACAUAUAUGGAGUAACUUGCUCAAGGAAAAUGGCAGUAUAUUAAAUGCAAAAUGGCCCGCGGUAGGAGAGAUAAACGAAAUUUUCAUAAAAUCGUCCGAGUACCUAAUGGGUGCUGCUCAUACAUUCAGAAUUCUUCUGAAAAAUUACAUGACACCGAAGAAGUCCAAGGGAAAGAAUGAUCUUGCCGACACAGAGAGACCCAGGCAAGGAAUUAUCUGGGUGGCUAAGACUUAUCCUCCUUGGCAAAGCAUUAUCCUUACAACGAUGAGGGAAAUGUACUCCAAAAAUGGAAACAAAUUACCAGACAAUAAAGAACUCUCUACAGCGUUCGCUGGCAAAGCUGAGUUGAAAAAAUAUAUGAAAAGGACAAUGCCGUUCGUGCAGUUUGUCAAGGAAAAGAUGGAAACCGCUGGCCUCAGUGCGCUGAAUUUGACUCUUGAUUUCAAUGAAUUCGACGUACUCGAAAACAACAAAGAUUAUCUUAAAAAUACAUUAGGCCUUCAAGAUAUCGUCGUUAAAUACACGGAUGAGGCUCCAGAAAAGACGAGAGAAGAAUGUUGUCCAGGUGCACCGUACAUGAACUUUUCUGCGACGCCCAUAGUCUCAAUAAAUCUUGUUAAUCCGCAAAGUUGUAGCAAUUUACUCGAACUGUCCAUGGCAAUUUUGACUGUAACUGCUGCAGACAUGGUGUCCUUUAUUGCAAAACAACAUAAGCAUAUAAAAGAUCCUGCCUCAAUCGUGUUAUAUCGGUAUAACGAUCCGAUUUUGGGACCCAGAGUUAGACCAGUAGCAGGAAACAUUUUAAAGGGAAAAACUGAGAUUCCACGGAAUGCUGUGUUUAACGCAAAUACUGAAAUGGAUAGCGUUGAAGUCAGCGUUGCAGAUAAAACAUAUCCAGUAGGCGAGUCUUUGAUAUACAUUGAUAAAUCUCUUGAAUAAAUGAUACAUUUGAUUCAAUGCGACGAAACAUUUAUCUAAGAAAUGAAUUAAAAAAAUGUUUAACGUUUGCUAAAAUAACAAAUGUAUGUGUUUAUAAAAAAAGGAA